ACUAAUAAUAGAUUGACUGAGCAAUUCCCAAUUACAACUGACUAGUUAUAUAAAUUUAUAAGUAAAAGGACUACCUGUUGUCCAAUUUUGGAAAUAAUUGGAUGAAAAAGAUGCCUCUGACAGCAAAGUUGGACUGGGCCUACAGCCAAUUUUGGCUGUCCUCAGAAUUCUUUUCAUCCAAUUAUUUCCAGAUUGGACAGCAUUUAGUUCUAUUAUACAUACUUAUGAGGUAAUAUUAACCUAAUUUUUCUACAUUGUACAUGUUUGAAAAUUUGCUUUUUAAUGUAGCAUACAGUUUGUAGUAUUGUUAUAGUGAUACAUUGAUCGUUAUCCACAAAUUUUAUGUUUAACUCAAUGCUUCACUUCACUCAUUUUUGUAUCUUUAAGUGCCAACUUAGGCUGUUCAUCUUCUUUUGCUCCAGAUCCUUUGAUAAAGUUGCCAUUGGUUGACCCAAGUGCAAGAGAACAUGAAGGAGCAAUUCCAAAAACUAAACAUUGGCAGCCUGAUCUACAAAGCACUGUUAAGCCUGAUGUUAAGGAGAAAAUGUGGAUGGGUACUUUUGGUAGUCAGUCUCAUUUAAAUCUACCUUCCAUACCAUGGAGAGAGUUUAGUGAUGAAUGUGCUCAAUCUAGUCUCCACCCUCCAGAGUCAAGUGAAAGGGCUGUGGGGAAUGCUGAUGGCUGUCAAAGAGGAAAUGAAAGUCAAGAUACUGGGUUCUUCUCAGGAGAAGGCAACUCUUACACCCAGAUGUCAUCAUUAUCUACUAAUCCAGAGCACAUUGGAAAAACUGAACAUCACAGUCAGGUGCUAAAAAGUGUCUCAGCUAGACCAACUACUCCUGAAGGAGCAACAACUGAUAGAAACUCCCCUUCACUAGCAACAGGAUGUCACUACAACAGGCCAAUAAACCUGAAUGACCCAGUAGAAGUGGAUUUUGUCCCAGAGAAUGAAACUGGCAGGCCUGUGGAACAUUAUGACGCAAGGGAAAAUAAUGGUCUUUGUGAAGAGGUACUGCAGGAAUUAGAAUCCUCAACGAAAGAUAACCUGUUUUUAACAAGGAAACUAAGAGAAAUGGAGUCAGUUUGUAAUACUCUCCGAGAAAAUCUGUUCCAGUGUAGGCAAACUUUUAGGGAAUCCAGGCCGCCUUGUGCCUAUUUACAAGCUGAAAAUGAUCGUUUGCAGGUGGAAAAUGAAGAGUUGAGGAGACGUUUGAAAGAACAGGAGCUGUUAAAUAGGAUACUCGAGGAGAGUCGCCUGAUGCGGUUAUCGCUGGCCAUACGGUCGAGGUUGGAAACAAGGAGAGCAGAUGAUGUUGCUUCUGAAGGAAGCAGUGCAGCUGUAGAGGAGGACAACGCGUCUGAUAAUAGCAUUGAGGAGGUUGAACUAGAUGUUGAUGAGCAGCCAGGACCAUUUCCCCAAGAGUCAGACUCGGAAGAUUCCGAUAAUGACGAGUUCUAUGAGGCACGCGAUGACUUGUUCCUGUGAAUGCAACGUGGAAUACCAUCUUUGCUCCGGACAAGUUUAUUGGCUGAGGAAAUUAGUUAAUAUACACGUCGGUUUUCACUUGUGUUAAAAACUAGACGCAUACCUGCAGGUGCUCAAAAUGGCACCUCUAAGCGCAGUCUACAUCCAGUUUUCAUGCACAUUUCACGUGGAAUUUAUCCCAACCAGUUUUUUUUUUUAAGCCUACUUGUAAAAAAAGUAACCAUAUUUGUGCUCUAGAGCCUCGACAAAGAUUUUUACCUAAGGCCUUCUAUGGAGUGCUUGAGUAACACGUGCCAUUAGUUUUUGUUAAUAUGUAUUUGAUACUUUGUCCGAUAACUGCAUCAAGGUUUUGUGAUUUCUUGUACAUAUUCGUAGAUUAAUGGAUUGUAUGUGGACAUUUUUAAUAAUGGAUGAUUAUCCCAAAAAUUGAAAAAAAAUAGCGUCCAGAUUCAUGGAGAAAAGCAAAGAUUACUUUUUUCUUAUUUGGAGCAUCAAUUUUGAAUUGCAAUUUGGCGAUUUCAUAGAUGAAUUGAAAUGCACAAAAAUGCCAUCUAUGACGUUGCGGCUUUUAAAUCUUCAUCCCAAGGAGGCAAGCCAACCAUAUCGACUAUAAUAUAUACAUAAGUAUGAACAUAUAUCGAUUUUAGGUAACAUAUAUAUAUAUAAACAUUAUACCUAGUGAGAUUUUAGAGACAAAUACAGCAGACGUGAAAUAGUUCUUUGAUAUAUCAUGUAUGGUAGAAAGUAAAUAAAUGGGUAUUUGUAGAUGUAUUUAUGAUGGACAGUCGAGGGACAUUUAGCCAAUAGCCGUUUUAAGAAUAAUUUGAUAGUAACAUGUUGACUUAAGUACUGAUUUUAUGUUAACGGUUAAAGUUUACAAUAUCACUACAAUUAACGGUAAAAGUUUAUAAUAUCACUACAACUAUUUUUCUCGAAAUUUAGUGUCUUAAGCAGUCGACUGUAUAUUUUUUUACCCAUUUGGCACUAUUUCAAGUAUGAAGCAAUUGAUAAAUUAAGGUGUCGAAAGUUGAGAUAUUUAAAAUAAAGAUAGGCUUAAAUAAGAUGUUUUUAAAACUGUUACACGUCCCUGGAUAUUUGUAGAUGUAUUUAUGAUGGACAUUCGAGGGACAUUAAGCUAAUAGUGGUUUUAAGAAUAAUUUGAUAGUAACAUGAUGUUUACUUAUUGAGAGAGCGCAAAUUCUACGUAAACGGUAAAAGUGUCCAAUAUCGCUACAACUAUUUUUCUCGAAAUUUAGUGUCUUAAGCAGUCGACUGUAUAUUUUUUACCCAUUUCGCACUAUUUCCAGCGUGAAACAAUAAAGUGUCGAGAGUUGAGAUAUUUAAAGGAAAGAGGCUGAAAUAAGAUCUUUUUAAAAUGGUUACACGUCCCUGCUGGACCCUAAACUGAGCUUUAGUUGUUGUUGUUGGUUUUUUUUCUUGUUUAAAACAAAUUAAAAUGAUAUCUGUACACCG